GACAUUAAUUAAUACUCAUCACCACUAGCUAUAUUAUCAAUACAAAGAAAAAGCAUACUAAUUAUCAAUUUCAAUGGAUUUCCUCAAGCUACCCUCUUUCCCAAUCCUUUUCUCUUUCCUCCUCUUUCUUCUUAUGGUACUUACAAUACUAAUAAAAACAACCAAACCAAGCUCUUCAUCAAAACUUCCACCAGGGCCAUGGAAACUACCUCUUAUAGGAAACAUACCCCAACUUCUUGGCUCCACACCACUCCAUCACAAACUCAAACACUUAGCCACAAAACAUGGUCCACUCAUGUACCUAAAAAUUGGACAAAUUCCAACCAUAAUAGCUUCAUCACCAGACUAUGCCAAAGAGAUCAUGAGAACACAUGAUCUGAAUUUCUCAUCAAGGCCACAAAUCAUUUACUCCCAAGUCAUGGUAUAUGAUUAUUCAGACAUUGGGUUUUGUCCUUAUGGUGAGUAUUGGAGACAAGUGAGGAAGAUUUUUGUGCAAGAGCUUUUCAACCCAACAAGAGUUGAGUCCAUAUUCAAGCCAAUUAGAAAACAAGAGUUGUUUGGUUUAGUAGAAUGGAUUGGUUUGAAUGAAGGGUUGGCUAUAAAUAUCAAUGAUAAGGUUAGUUUAGCCUUGUGUAGUAUUAUUUCUAGGGCUACUUGUGGUGAUAAGAAAAGGGUUAAUAAUGAAGAGAUCUUAUAUGUGUUGAUGAAAUCUGUGGAGGUUUCAUUAGGGUUUGAGGUUGCUGAUUAUUUUCCUUCUGUGAGUCUUUUUAGUUAUAUUAGUCGAUCUAAGCCAAAACUCAUCAAGUUACGUGAAAGGAUAUCAAGAUUAUUCGACAAAGUCAUUGAAGAACAUCAAGAGAAAAAGUCAACAAUUACAAGUGAUGAUAAUAUUGAUGAGGAAUUAUUUGAAGAUAUGUUUGAUGUUCUACUCAAGUAUUACAACAAUGGUGGUAAUAGAUUUUCCUUGACAUUGGACAAUAUUAAAGCAAUUGUUUGGGACCUCUACAGUGCUGGAAUUGAGACAUCAACCACAACAAUCGAAUGGGCAAUGGCUGAAUUGAUAAAGAAUCCAAUCAUAAUGAAAAAAGCACAAGAAGAGGUUAGAGAAGUUUUCAACAGAAAAGGGUCUUCAAAUAUUGAUGAAACAAUGCUUAGUGAAAUGACAUACUUGAUCUCAAUUGUCAAAGAAACCAUGAGAUUACACCCUUCUCUUCCUUUCUUAAUUCCAAGAGAAAGUCAACAUGAUUGCGAAAUCAAUGGCUUUGUUAUACCUGCGAAAACCCGAGCCAUGGUUAAUGUAUGGGCAAUCGCAAGAGAUCCUAAGUAUUGGACUGAACCCGAAAGUUUUAUUCCAGAAAGAUGGUUUAAUAGCUCUAUUGAUUCAAAGGGUAACCAUUUUGAGUAUCUUCCAUUUGGUGCUGGGAGGAGAAUAUGUGCAGGGAUAUCGCUCGGUCUCGUAAAUGUCGAGUUUACCCUUGCAUUGUUACUAUACCAUUUCAAUUGGAAACUCCCUAAUGGAAUGAAACAUGAAGAUCUUGACAUGAUUGAGUCACUUGGUGCAACACUCAAAAGGAAAAAUGUUCUGCAUUUGAUUCCCACUGCUUAUAUUAAUUAAUAUUCAUGCUUGAAAUACAUGAGAUGGAAAAAUAAGGUGAUGAAGGCAUUAGCCAUAUUAUGAUGAAUGUUCUACUUGCUAGUUUUAAUUUGCUUGUGUUUGUUAUGAAUUUCUUAAGGGAAAUUUGAUUUUCUAUACUUACAUCUACCUAAUAUUUUAUUUCUAAACUAAUACAUAUCACCAUUGAAAAUAUAUGACCACUUUAUCUAAAACCUAAAAAUACCCCUCUCAAAUUUUCCAUACUUUUUUUUAGU